GGCCUAGCGCCUAGGUGUGAUUUUUGCAACACUGAUCACUGGUCUUUUCUAACAAAUUUUACCAUUGCGACCAGUUAAGCUGUCCAUGCAGGCAGCACUCCACAAUUUCUUAUGAAGUCGAUAUGAGGUCAUAAUAUGUGAUCCCAAUCUUCAUAAAAAGCAUGCUUUGUUUACUCUUUGCAGGCAACCAAAGAACAGAUGAAUCCAGGUUUUGGUAGGUCAUGGUGGUUAAGAAGAAUGACAUGGAACAGGUUCAGAGUUGGAACUCACCCAAAACACCAAAUCAUCUCUCUCUCUCUCUCUCUCUCUAGCAAAACAAUGGCAGAAAACGAGGAUGUUAUCUGCUUUGAAGAAGGCAUCUCCUGGCUUCCUUCGCAUGUUGUCGACGAAGCUUGUCAUCAUCACCAUUAUCAACAAAAGGCUCAGUUUGGGUAUCCAAAAAGCCGACAACAUCGUCCGAUGCUCUGUCCGAGUUACUCAAGAUGUUCCCAGAGAACAAGACAUCCACCGAACUGCACGGCGGCGGUGGUGGCCGGAGGACGAGGAAUGCAGGCCAUCUUCCUAGAUUCCGGCAGGUCAUGUAGCGGGACCGGCGUUUUCCUUCCUCGUCAAACCGGGACCAAUGGCGGCCAUUAUGCAUCAACUAAGCAUGUUCGUCCUCCUCCUCCAGUUCUCCUCCCUGACCGCGUUGUUCAAGCUCUCAAUCUCAAUGUGCAUGAACUGGGCAUGCAAAUUAAGCCAUGCAGAGAGAGUGUAAAAAAUGUGAAAGGAAAUAAGGACUACAACAAUAGAAAGAAAGCUAAUGAAUGUCACUCGCCUGAGAUAUUUCUUCCCAAGGAGUGGACUUACUAGAUAUAUAUAUCCCCUUGAACAUAUUAUAAAGAGUAAGUCUUGUGUGUGAGAUAUGUCUCACAUGAAAUGUGUAAUAUUUUUAAGUUGUAAU